AUGGCCGGCAAAGACUGCGUAGCGAUCGCCUGCGACCUGCGGCUGGGGCUGCAGGCGCUGACGGUGUCCAACAACUUCCCCAAGAUCUUCCAGUACGGCGACCACGUGUUCCUGGGGCUGACGGGGCUGGCGACGGACGUGGCGACGGUGGCGGACCUGUUCCGGUACAAGGUGAACCUGUACCGGCUGCGCGAGGAGCGGCACAUCGCGCCGCGCACCUUCGCCAACCUGGUCAGCAGCAGCCUGUACGAGCGCCGCUUCGGGCCCUUCUUCGUCAGCCCCGUCGUCGCCGGCCUCGACCCCAAGACCGGCCAGCCCUUCAUCUGCGGCUUCGACAGCAUCGGCUGCAUCGACUUCGCCAAGGACUUCAUCGUCAGCGGCACCGCCUCCGAUCAGCUGUUUGGCAUGUGCGAGAGUCUGUGGGAGCCGGAUCUGGGCCCGGACGAACUCUUCGAGACCAUUUCGCAAGCACUCCUCAACGCUGUCGACCGCGACGCCCUCUCCGGCUGGGGUGCCCAUGUCUAUAUCAUCGAGAAGGACAAGGUCACCAAGAGGCUGUUGAAGGGGCGGCAGGACUAG